CAGCCGUCCGGCGUCAGCAGACCCAACGCAGGCCAAUUACAGCACUCCGACUCAAGAUCGACUGCAGAGCGGAUGUGAUGCCUUAACUGCAGAGAGAAAACAGUUAGAGGCCAGACUGAGUAACCUGACUAAAGAAAAAGACCAAUUUCAACAAAGUUACAGUUCUUCAACUACUGAAAGAGAUGAGUUCAAUGCCAGUUUCAACAAUCUGAAAAAUGAAUGGGACAAGUUACAAUCAAGUUAUAACAGGAAUUACUCUUCACUGAAGAGGGACAUGGACCAGUUGCAAAUAAACUACAAUAUACUGAAUAUAAGUAAAACGCAACUUCUCCUCAGCUACAGUUCAUUGUGGAAAGACAAAGAACAAUUGCAAACCAUUUAUAAAACUCAGCGGCAGGAAAAAGAGCAGUUGCAGACCAAUUACAGCAGUUUGGUUGCAGAUAGAGAUCAGUUAGCGAAGAAGAUCGACAAAGUAAGAAGAAAACCCUGUCAGAGAAGCUGGAGGAAGUUUGACAUCAGCUGUUACUUUUUUUCAAAUGUGAAGAAAAACUGGACAUUAGCCAGAAAAGACUGCAUUUCCAAGGGGGCAGAUCUGGUCACCAUAGAGAGCAAGGAUGAACAGGAAUUUCUUAGCGGGUCUCUGGAAGCAGGACAAAAUGCCUGGAUUGGUCUGACGGACAGUGUUAAAGAGGGGACUUGGAUGUGGGUGGAUGGGACCCCAGUCACCACAGCGUACUGGCAGCCUGGGCAGCCCAACAGCUUCAAUGGGAACCAGGACUGUGGAGAACUGGUGCCCAAAAUGAAAGUGGGAGAAUGGAACGAUGAUGGCUGUUUUGCUGAACAGCACUGGAUCUGCGAGAACUAAGAUCAAAACGAUUUACACUAUUAAUGAUGGUGUAUGGCUUUGGACUGUGGUUCUAAUAUAUAUCUUCAAUUAUUAAGUCUGGUGAUAUUACAUAUUUGUUUACUGCCAACAAACCCCAUGAUAAGACCAAAACUGACAAUUGACUCAACUAACAAUCUUAUUCCUCUGUGCCAUAGAGCUCCAUUGUUAUCCAAAAAUGAUUUAAAACACAUUAAUGAGUCACCCCAUUGCACUAGGUGACAUUCCUCACUAUCAUAAACACACAUGCUCAAGUUUAUAUUAAGUCCUGCUGCCGAAAAUACAGUGGUUCUCAAACACGCAAGGGUGGUUCUCAAACUUUUUCAUGUCAAAGAACCACUGCACUAGAGCACCAAGUGUGUAUUAAUCAGCAGCUGAAAAUUUUCCCCAACAAAUACACUAUUUACUCCAUUUUAAAUAAAGUUUGCCAAAAGUAAAAGGCUCAGCUGUUUUAGGAAAUUACUAAGCCACCCGUUUUUAAAAAUGUUCAUCUUCAGUGGGAACUACGGACAUAAGAGAGCCACAAAAGAAGUCAUUAAGUGUUGACAGAUGGCAAAAACACAUUGUUGGUUUUGGUCUUUUCAUUGGAUUUGUAGAAAAUAACAAACAUAUAGUCCAUUGCAAGACUUAUUGUUUGACACUGUUAAAGGGUCAGUUCUCCCAAAUUACAAUUAAACAUAUUUCUCAUAUUUCCAUACCUUUAUCACGCCACAUAGAUAGUUUAAAAGUUUUGAGAUAUCUGUCUCUGCCACCACCCCAAUACAAUGAAGAUGAACUGAAUUUGUGCCAUUAAAAUCUCAGAAAAAUGGCAACAACAACAACACCUUAUAUCAGAAACAAAUGGGCUUUGGACCCAUUCUUUACUUGUACAUUUCCAUCAGCAUAAUCACAUUUUUUUGUUUGCAGAGCCAAAUGUUAAUAUAGUUUAUUUUUAGCUUUCAUGAAUUUAAGUAAACUUUGAUAAUAAUUUACUGUUUAGCUGAUGAUUAGUAUUUCAUGUAAUGUUAACUGCUUGGUUGUACAAAAACAGAAAUUUGCUAUCAAUGUCAAGUACUCUACUAUAGUAUUCGGUGGCCUUUGGCAUAGCUUUUAAUAUGUUUGCAAAUUGCCAUUUGUGUGAUUAAUAAAUAUGGAUGAAAAUGAAUAUUUAUUACAAAUAAUGUAUGUUACAAAGCACCCACCCCCAACAUUUGCAUUUUGUAUUAAUAAAUUAAUGUAUCACUUUGU